AUGUCCAGGUUGUCGUCUUCCAAGAACAGCGAAGAGAUACCUUGGAUGAACUUGGAGAAGUUAGGGACUUCUUUCACCAGAUGCCCGUUGGUCAGGUCGUUGAUCCACGACAAUGUUCUUGAGGACGGGUUGUUGAAGAUAGAGUUGGCCAGCUUAAUUUCCAUCACAGAGUACGGGAACUUUGAUGUCGGAGUCGAUGGUGAUUCUGACUCUGUCGUCACCAGGCAUUUGGAAAGCCGUUCUGGUGUGCACUGUUCUCAGAGUUGGUUGCAAAUCGUUUUUCUUGAUAAACUCCUGCAACUCCUUGUAGUUGGACGAGAGUUUGUCGAUGGUUUCCUUUGGAAGACCUCUCUUUUCCAGUCGUUUCACGUACUUGUCGUAAGUGAGCUUGUUGGUGGAAUUGCUGGAGUGACGCACAGGGAAGUCCAUCUCGUCGUGGUCGUCCUUUUCGUCAGAGAAGAUGAAAUCGUUCAGGUAUUUUUCUUUCAAAGAGAGACGAACAUCGUUGGAGUUUCCGAGCUCGAAGUGGUUGUUGUCGAAAUAAAGAGCAGUGAUAAUUGGGUCCGAGUUGUAGUCGUCGUCAUCGUCGUCGUUCUGGUUGGUGUAGAUGAGAACAGGAAGAUGUCUCAGGAUAGUGGUCUUGAUCUCCAUCAGAUUGUCUGGAUGGAUCCAGAACUUGAGCACCUUGUAGCCGUACUCUUUCUGACUGAUGUUGUUAAUCGAUGCACUAGGGGUUGUCGAAAUCUUUCCAGAGGAAGAAAGUUUUUGGAUGGAGUUUUGCAACGAGGUCGACAGCGAGCUGGAUCCGAGCUGGUCUCUCACGAACGAGUACAAGGUCGAGAUUCUGAACAGGUAGGGCGAAGUGUCUUCGCUGAUGUUGUUCAAAGGCAACGACUUCAUUCUCACGUUCAAAAGAGCCUUAACAGAGUAUCCCUUGUGCAAUCUGUCAUGUUUCUUGACGAUCUUGAUGAAACCGGUGAAAUUGAGUCUGGCAAAAUGAUCCAGCUCCUUGGCCAACGAAAGAAGCUCCUCUAG